AUGCCGCCAAAACAAACCAAACCAAUUGCCAAAACAAAGAAAACUGCCAACCAACAGCCUAAACCAAGCAAACCACCAACCAACAGCCAAAACAAAGCAAGCCCACAACCAACAGCCAAAACAAAGCAAGCCCACAACCAACAGCCAAAACAAAGCAAACCACAAACCCACAGCCAAAACAAAGUAAGCCCACAACCAACAGCCAAAACAAAGCAAGCCCACAACCAACAGCCAAAACAAAGCAAACCACAAACCCACAGCCAAAACAAAGUAAGCCCACAACCAACAGCCAAAACAAAGCAAACCACAAACCAACAGCCAAUACAAAGCAGCUGCUUACCAACAGCCAAAACAAAGCAAACCACCAACACACUGCCAAAACAAAGCAAACCAUCAACCAACAGUCAAAUCAAGCAAACCACCAACCAACAGCCAAACAAGCAAACCACCAACCAACAGCCAAAACAAGCAAACCACCAACCAACAGCCAAAACAAGCAAACCACCAACAAACAGGCAAAUCAAGCAAACCACCAACCAACAGCCAAAACAAGCAAACCACCAACCAACAGCCAAAACAAACAAACCACCAGCCAAAACAAGCAAACCACCAACCAACAGCCAAAACAAGCAAACCACCAACCAACAGCCAAAACAAACAAACCACCAACAAACAGGCAAAUCAAGCAAACCACCAACCAACAGCCAAAACAAGCAAACCACCAACCAACAGCCAAAAAAAACAAACCACCAGCCAAAACAAGCAAACCACCAACAAACAGCCAAAACAAAGCAAACCACCAACAAACAGGCAAAACAAACAAACCACCAGCCAAAACAAGCAAACCACCAACAAACAGCCAAAACAAGCAAACGACCAACAAACAGCCAAAACAAACAAACCACCAGCCAAAACAAGCAAACCACCAACAAACAGCCAAAACAAAGCCAACUGCCGACCAACACAAAGCAAACAGGUAACCAGCAGCUAAAGUGGAUCAUAAGAAUGUUACUGCAUCGAAAGUGA